UUAUCCAGAAAAAGAAAAAGAUCAAUGGCAUUCUCAAGCUGGGUUUCUCGUUUCCGGCCAUCUACAAAACCCGUAAAAGUGAUCCAAAAAUCAUUGCUUUAUUCGAAAUACUCAACACCCGUAUCACAAUCUCAAUCAAGAAUCCUUGAAAACACCAUUUUAGUCAACAAUAAUAACCAAUCAUCAUCAUUUAAGCCUUCAUCUUACUUGCUUCCCAUUAUUCUUGCCAUUUCUGGUGGCUCUUUUGCAUUUCAGUCACUAAAAAACCCAUCUUUAUGUGAUGCCCCUAAUCUUCAAGAAAGAGGUGUGAAAAUUGGGGGGGAAGAUAGUACUGAACAUGUUGUAAAGGGGACUUAUAAGCCUGUUCCACCUGAGCUCAUCACUGAACUCAAGGCCAUAUGUCAAAAUAAUAUGACACUUGAUUAUGAUGAGAGAUAUUUCCAUGGGAAACCACAGUACAGCUUUCACAAGGCAGUCAAUAUACCUGAUGUUGUGGUGUUUCCAAGGUCUGAAGAUGACGUGUCAAAGAUUGUCCGAUCUUGCAACAAGCAUAAGGUCCCUAUAGUACCAUACGGUGGAGCUACAUCAAUUGAGGGUCACACUUUAUCUCCUAAUGGAGGAGUUUGCAUUGACAUGACCCUAAUGAAAAAUGUUAAAGCAUUGCAUGUUAAGGACAUGGAUGUGGUCGUUGAGCCUGGGAUUGGAUGGAUGGAACUUAAUGAAUACUUAGCACCUUAUGGUCUAUUCUUUCCUCUUGACCCUGGGCCUGGAGCAACCAUCGGUGGGAUGUGCGGGACACGUUGUUCUGGUUCUCUAGCUGUUAGGUACGGAACUAUGCGUGACAACGUUAUCAGUCUCAAGGCUGUCUUAGCAGAUGGAGAGGUUGUCAAGACAGCAUCUCGUGCUCGAAAAAGCGCUGCUGGGUAUGAUCUUACUCGGCUGAUGAUUGGCAGUGAAGGCACCUUGGGUGUUAUAACAGAAGUAACACUGCGCCUUCAAAAAAUUCCGGAACAUUCCAUUGUUGCAAUGUGCAAUUUUCCUACCAUCAAAGAUGCAGCUGAUGUUGCGAUAGCGACCAUGUUGUCUGGCAUACAAGUGUCAAGGGUGGAGCUUUUAGACGAGGUUCAAGUGAAGGCUAUUAAUCUUGCCAACGGAAAACACUUGCCUGAAGUUCCAACGUUGAUGUUUGAGUUAAUCGGUACAGAAGCAUAUACACGUGAGCAGACGCUUAUUGUUCAGCAGAUUGCAUCAGAGCAUAGUGGCUCGGAUUUUGUUUUUGCAGAAGACCCGGAAGCUAAAAAGGAACUUUGGAAGAUUAGGAAAGAAGCUCUUUAUGCCUGUUUAGCAUUGGCACCUGGGCAUGAAGCAAUGACAACAGAUGUAUGUGUUCCUUUGUCACAUCUGGCUGACCUAAUAUCUAAAUCUAAAGCAGAAAUAGACGCUUCACCACUAUUGUGCACGGUGAUUGCUCAUGCUGGUGAUGGUAACUUUCACACAGUGAUUUUGUUUGAUCCAACAGAAGAGGAACAACGUAAGGAAGCUGAAAGAUUAAACAAUUUUAUGGUCAAUUCUGCCUUAUCAAUGGAAGGUACAUGUACUGGUGAACAUGGCGUGGGUACUGGGAAACUGAAGUACCUUGAAAAAGAACUUGGAGCUGAGAAUUUGAGGACGAUGAAAAAGAUAAAGGCUGCUCUGGAUCCCAACGGUAUCAUGAAUCCUGGAAAGCUUAUUCCACCUCAUAUUUGCCUGUAAAAACUCUCUAAAUGUUACCAAGUACCUGUUGAUUUUCAAAGGAGUUUUUUAGGGAUAGAAGAAAGAGCCAAGGGCAGUAUUGUCAUUCACCUGAUCACUUUCUUUUUACAAAGUCAUCCCUGUUAAUAGAUCGUUAUGGACAUAAUUUACGCGUCGUUAUAUUAUAUAUGGCUUUCAAGUGUUGCGGUGGGCAUACCAGCCCUCUAUCUUCACAUGCUAUGUUGUAACAAAGAAACUAGAGGUGCCCUUUGGCCCAUGUACUUUAUAUAUCAUCAGUGGAAUAAAUGUUGCUUUACAA